GCCAUGCACUCACUUGGCGGCAAAACCGCCGCUCGUCAUUCAUCGAUACAUCAGAUGCUAUCCACACACCGUCGUGUUGGAUGUAUCAUAUGUCAGUUGCUGCUGGUUCUCUCCUUGUCGGUGCCAUGAUUCUUUGUCUCAGCUAUGGGUAAGAGGUAGUGAGUGGAGUGUUCCUCAGGCAGCAGCCUCUCUAGCUGUGGGGCCUUCUCGUACAUCCCCAGCAGCCCACCCGUGUGGACGAACAGAAUGCGCGAGCCCCUGAACCGACGCGGCUCCUCGCGCAGACACCGCAGCAACGCGUGGACAGCCUUGCCAGAAUACACCUUUACACACACCACACACCACACACGGUGUCACACACAGGGUAGCGAGUGAGUGUUGCUGGCAGCUGUGUGUGCGUGUGUGGAUUGGUCACUUACUGGGUCCAGGAUGACUCCAGUGGCCUUUGCCACUGUGGCGAUGGUGUCGAGCUCCUCUGGUCGACUGAUGCCGUACCCGAGGCCAGCGGCCUCCACCAGCGACACCAGGGACCGGCUCAUCGGUCCAUCGACAUGGCCCAUCCCUACACACACACACAUACACACAGGCAUCUACUUCAGAAGCUCUCCUGAGCUCAGCUCCCAUACUGCGUACCAGGGUAGAUCUUGGUGUCGAUGUGGUUGAAGAAGUAGCCCUCAUUGUCGCACACACAUAUCCCGUGCACCCUGACGUCGCCCAUCUGAGGGCUGAGGUGACACCCGAGUGCGGUGCCGGCCAGGCUGCCGCCGCUGCCGCAUGCUAUCACGAUGUCAGUGAUGCCCAGCGGGUCGGCCGCCAGCUGCUGCUCCAGCUCGCGGACCAUCUCGAUGUACCCCCACGUGCCCAGUGCGUUUGAGCCGCCCACAGGUAUCCUGAGUGAAGGGAUAGACACACACAACAUCAUGUGGGGGAGGUGUUGUUGGUUGGUUCGGUGUGGUGAUUGAUCGGCUGAUUGAUUGCCUGACUGCUUACUUAUAAGGGUUCUUGCCCUGUUGCCUUAGCUGGGACACCACCAUGUCGAGCAGCUUCUCGCUGCACACACACACAGACAUCCAAUCAUCCAGCCAGCCAGCAAGCCAUCAAUGGUCGUGAUGGCCUCCAUCCAUCUCUUUUUGUGAGUGUGUGCGCGUCUGUAUCUGUGUGUGAUGGCCUGUGGGUUGUCUGUCCACGCCACGCACCUGCCAUGGUGUCUGUAUUCGGCCUUUGACACGAGCCACAGCCUCGAGUCCAUCAAACGGUCGACCAACAGAUUGCCCGUCAACCCCGCUGACUGCACGACCAAACACACAACACAACACAGCUUCCCUCCCUCCCUCCCUGUGUCCUCCGCGUCUGUCUGUCUGUAUGUGGUCUGGCUCACCCACCGACCGGUUUGUCGGUGUCAGUGUGUGUCUUCUCGGGUAUCCUCAGAAUCAAAUGUGGCUCCAGGCCAAACAUCCGUGCGGCCACUGCCGUGGCGCGGCAAUGAUUCGACUGAAUGCCGCCAAUCUGACAAACAGAACAGACACACAGAUCCUGUUAGUUAGGCUUGACCACCAUUGUGGCGUGUUUGCGGUGCGGUUGCUGACCGUGACGACACUGUCAUGCCCCCUGUCCACCGCAUCAGCCAUCAGAAACUCCAGCUUCCGCACCUGAACCAACGAACGAACGAACGAACGAACGAACGAACGAACCAACGAACGAACGAACGAACGAACGAACGAAGCGGCGAGUGGAAUGAUCGUGUAUGAGUGACUGGUUGGCUAGUCAGUACAUACUGACUUUGUUCCCGCUGAGCUCCACGCCUGUGAAGUCGUCUCUCUUGAUCCACAGCUCCACACCGGCAGGCAGACCAGGCACUGACCAGGGCCUGCACCACACGUCCAUCCAUCCAUCCAACCUUGGUACCCAUUCAUGGGUCGUUGGUACGUGAUGGGUGUGGGUGCGCCUAUUGCGAGUGCUGUCCGCAGCUUGGGCGGCGUCAGAUGUGCGGCCCAUGAUGGCGGCUUGUAAGGGUGAAGGGCAGGAGGCAU